CGGAAGUAACUUAAAGUGUAAAACGGGUUCUUUCAUGCGCGUGAGUAUCUCCGCGUUAAUCGUGUCUUUGAUCUCAGCCUGUGUACGACCUGCACACUGCUAACCCACAGGUAAGGAUGGCAGACGAUGAUGACGACGGCAAUCUCCAGGAGUUCCCAGAAGAGCUGGAUGAAGAGAGGGAUUUUGGGUGGCAUGAGCAGGGAGAGCUGGACCAGUCUGAGGGCGAUGGUGAUAAUCUGGAGUCCAUCUUAGACACUCCAGCAGAACGCAGUGGUCACAUUGCAGUGGUUGACGAAAACUGUAUAUAUGUCUGGGGAGGAUAUAAGAAUGCUGAAGCCCCCGAGAUAUUUGACUUGUACUUGCCACAGAAUGAAAUCUGGAUAUACAACAUGGAAACUGGAAGAUGGAAAAUGCAGGUGUCUAGAGGAGAUGUCCCUGACCCAAUGUCGGGCAGCUGUGGUGUGUGUGUGGAAGGCAUUCUGUAUCUCUUUGGAGGUCAUCAUGCUAGAGGAAAUACUAAUUUGGUUUAUCGUCUGCCUCUGAGGGCCUCUGACUUCCAGUGGGGGAGGAUGAAGGACCUUAAGGGUUUGCCCCCCACAAGUAAAGACAAGCUAGGCUGCUGGGUAUACACAAACAGGCUGGUAUAUUUUGGGGGCUAUGGAUAUGAGGCAGAAGCAGACCAUCGAGGAACCUUUGAAUUAGAUGAAAAUUCUCUUCUGGGUAAUCACCAAGCACGUGGCUGGAACAAUCAUAUCCACAUUCUUAACCUUGAAACUUCAGCUUGGAGUCAACCCAUUACAAAGGGAAAUGCUCCAACGCCACGCGCAGCUCAUGCUUGUGCAACUAUGGGAAACAGAGGUUAUGUUUUUGGAGGCCGAUAUAUGGAUCAUCGGCUAAAUGACUUGUACUAUAUUAACCUGGACACCUGGGAAUGGACAGAAAUGUCGGUACCCCAGCAUGGUCCAGUUGGCCGCUCAUGGCACUCUUUCAUACCCAUGUCAUCAGAUCACAUCUUCCUGUUUGGUGGCUUCACUACUAAUCGAGAAACGCUAAGUGAUGCCUGGCUGUACUGCGUGACCACAAAUGAGUGGAAGCAGGUUAUGCACAACCACAAAAAAAGUCCGAGACUUUGGCACACAGCAUGCCUAGGUCCAGAUGGAGAAGUCUUUGUGUUUGGGGGCUGCGCUAAUGAUCUUCUCUUACAUCAGCAAGCAUCCCAUAGCAAUGAGCUACUAAUUUUCACAGUCCAGCCAAAGUCUCUGCUCAGGUGCUGCAAAGAGGUGGUCGUGCAGCACAGACAUCGGCUUGAGAGUAUGUUUGAGUGCUUGCCCAAACAUCUCCUACACAACCUUCAAGGGAGAUUUGGUUCACCUACUGAUGGAGGGUUCUAGAACCAUGUGUAUGCAAAUUUCAUAAGCUAAGAGCAAUAAUGGGAAUCUGGGGCAUAACUCUAGUGCUCCUGUGCUUAAACACAAGGAGGCUUGUUUGCCAAGUCUGCUGUGACCAAGAUGCUAAUGCUGUGAAGAUUAAAGGCCCCUUCUAGUCCAAAAUCAAAGCUUGUAUGUUAAUUGUUUGGUAAAAUCUGUACAUUGUAAAUAAAAAUGUAUGAUUUUUACGUGUUUGAGUGACGUUGGCAUAUAAAAAGCUGUGAUUUCACUCCUGAGCAUUAAUUUCCUGUCAAUUAGUUUUUUACCAUCGUCUCUCUAUCCACUAAACAAGCAAACAAAAAGGAUAUUAAUUUAUUAUUAUUAAUAAUAAUCAGGCCUUCAACUAUUUUUUUAGGUUAUCGGUAUUAUAUACAGUACAAAUGAUAUUUAAGGAAAAUGUUUUAUCUGUAUGAUGGAUAAAGACUCAAGACUGAUAUAAUUAUCCAUUAUUGGCAUCCAUUAAAAACUUGUACAUAAAGCAUAAGGCCUACAUUUUUUUAUUUUUUAUUUUACAUAACUGUAUGUUUGUUUUUUUUUUGUCUGUUGUUUUUCCUGAGGCAAAAAUCAUUCCUUUCAUGUCAUUCAUCUGGGGCCUUUGAUUAUAUAGGGUGUGUGGGUUUGUCACUUUUUAUUUAAGCAGCAAAGCAUUGGCAUAGUGCAUGUCGAGUCUUUCAUUUACUUUCAUUUUUUUGUUAUAGAAAUACCGGUCAAGAGAUGAACAGAACUUUCUAUACACUGUACACAAGAAGUUAAAGUGCAUGAGCAUAAAUUUUGUCUCUGUCUUGUUGUGCAUCUACUUGAAAGGAUAAGAACAUUUUUCACUUGCACAAUCUAAAAUGCUACUUUUACUUAUUCUGGAAAAGGUAUUUUCAAAACUUAGAAGCUUUGAACUGUCACUAGCACUAUUUUUUUCUUAUUUUCUUUUUAGGUCACGAACAGUUGUGUUUGCGUUUCACUGCAUGUCAUACAGUGUAUGGUUGUGACGAAUAAAUAAAUAUAAUUUUUCUGCA